UUGUUGACAAAUCGGGGAUUAUGAAAGUUGCUGCCUGGGUGGGAACUAAAGUAACACCCAUGUAACACGAAAUAUAAACCACAGUUAUGUGAACAUUUUCGUAACAGUGGACUUACUCUAUGUUAAAGUAUUGUCAUGUAGUUAGCUGUUAGCUCCGUGAAGUAUUUUCAGCGACACCGUGGGUCUCGUUUCUCCAAUUUAACGUUAGCUAGCUGGCUAACGCUUAUAGCUACUCCUACUGACACAUUAUACAUGAGAGGGCACUCAACUGCAGUCAGAGUAUCUGGCAGUGUCAAGCAGUAACGACAUUACCAUGACAGCAAACCAGGCAUGACAGCAGACACAGGAGGGAGGAUCGGCACGAUGGAGGCACCGGGCAGAGCCACCAACUUCAACUUUUCAUAUGAGGAGGAAGACCCGGACUCCCCUGCUCUCUCGUCCACCAUGUCCAUUGACAAACUCUUCCCGGCGCUCUUGGAGUGCUUUGGGAUAAUACUAUGUGGAUACAUCGCAGGGAGGGCAAACAUCAUCACGUCCACCCAGGCCAAAGGAUUGGGGAAUUUUGUGUCCAAGUUUGCCCUCCCAGCGCUGCUGUUCAAGAACAUGGUACUGUUGGACUUCGGUAAUGUCAUCUGGCCAUUUCUAUGGAGCAUUCUCAUCGCCAAAGUGUCUGUGUUUGUCAUUGUGUGCGUCCUCACGCUGAUAGUUGCCAGUCCUGACAGCCGCUAUAGUAAGGCUGGGCUCUUCUCAAUAUUUGCCACCCAAAGCAAUGACUUUGCUUUGGGAUAUCCCAUUGUUGAGGCCCUGUACCAGAGCACAUACCCAGAGUACCUCCAGUACAUCUACCUGGUUGCACCUGUGUCCCUGAUGCUUCUAAAUCCCAUCGGCUUUGCCUUCUGCGAGAUCCAGAAGUGGAAGAAUCAGGGAAACCACCAGCAGAGCAAACUUCUGAUCGUGGGACUUGUAGUUUUACAGGUCCUGAAGAACCCUAUAGUAUUCAUGGUUGUCAUUGGCAUCAUCGCCCACUUUGCCCUGCACCAGACAAUUCCUGCCUUCAUGGCUGAAUUUGUGGAUGGCUUGGCCAGUUCUUUUGGGGGAGCAGCUCUGUUCUACUUGGGUCUGUCCAUGGUGGGCCAGUUGGGGAAAUUAACCAGAUCCACAGUCGUGACACUGAUAUUACUCAUUACAGCAAAACUGUUGCUAAUGCCCCUGAUAUGUAAGGAUAUGGUGGAUCUGUUGGACAAUAGCAACACCAGCGCUUUGAACCACUCAAGCCUCUCCAAUUAUGCCUUUAUUUAUGGCGUGUUUCCCACUGCACCAAGUGUCGCCAUCUACGCUGUCUAUUACAACGCAGAGCUAGAAGUUGUAACUUCUGGGAUGGUGAUCAGCACUUUUCUCUCAGCUCCGAUAAUGUAUUGUUCUGCCUGGUUACUUACAAUCCCUUGGAUGGAUCCUCAGCUUUUGAUGAAUUCACUGCAGAAUGUCAGCUUUAAUAUAAGCAUAGUGAGCUUAGUUGCACUGGUGUGGACAGUCGCUGUCAUGUUUUUAACUAAGAAAUUCAAGAGGCUACCUCACAUGUUUACAGUCAACCUUUUCUUGGCACAGUUUCUAACUAGUAUUGGGAUGAUCCUGUGGAACUUUGUGGUGAAAGAAGAAAACUUAAUCGGGCAGGUCCUGAUUUUCACAUUAUUGUGUACCUCACUCUACAGCACUUAUGUGUGGCCAGGUUUGAUAGCACUCUCUCUUGUGCUCAUGAAAAGGUUUGAGGAUCUGAAAGUUUCACCAGGCAUGUUUGUCAUUGCAGGCUGGGGGGUUCCAGCCUUAGUAACUGCUGUGUUGCUCAUUUCUGGGGAGAAAAUGUCUGACACGAUUGACUCAUCAUUCUUUUAUGGCAAAGCACAGAUAAUCUGCACCACAGUUGUAGUUGCCAUCAGCAUACUGCUGGGAGGGGGCUCUCUUGUGUGUCUCAGUAGAGGAAGCUGGGCCCAAAAUGACCAAAUCCAAGAGGGAAAUUCUGCAGAGGAUCUUGUGACUGAAGUUGAACCAGAGAACCAGACUCCGUUUGAGCCAGUCACCCCAUCAGGAGAUCUCAACAGAGCGUGCCUCAUAUGUGACUGUGCACCACCCCAGCCCAUGCCUGACAUGAUCAUCAGCACAAAUAUGAACAACACACCAACCACACUCACAGGUCAGUGUGAGAAUAGGUGUGAGUCCACAGCCUGCCUGCUUGUCGAAGUGGAGGAGCUCCAACAGGUUGCAGAUAGACAAGUGGCCCGUCAUAUGCUUUUAUGUCUGCUUCUGACUGUCAGCUUGCUUGCUAACUUGUCCAGCUGCUUGUGGUUGCUCUUUAACCGUGUUCCUGGUAGACUCUACUUGGAGCUGCAGUUCUUCUGUGCCGUGGCCAACUAUGGACAGGGUUUUCUCUCCUUUGCUCUGUUUGGGCUGGACAAGCAUUUGAUUAUACUGCCGUUUAAGAAGAGGUUAUACAGUCUGUGGUAUCGAAAGAAGCAAGAAGAUCAGCCGCAGACUGAGGAUUUACCCGAGGAUAUCAGGAUGACUUGCACCCAGUUCACCAAAUACCACAAGGACCAGUGUUUUCAUGACAUUGUCAAAAAGAGAAGGUGUGGGAAGAGGACUAUGGUGGACUGUUUUCUUGGAUGGGAACUUGUGGAGUGGCUCCAGCAGGUGGGCUUGGCUCAGGAUGUUGGUGAGGCAGUACUCUACGGUACGCGGCUACAGCAGGGUGGUGUGCUUCAGCACAUCAAGCAGGAAUAUGGCUUCCAAGACAGCCGCCUUUAUUACCGAUUCAUGACAUAAGACACGUGGGUCAAAGUCAACAUUUCUUUUUAAACAAAGGUAAAUGGCAUUUUAAAUGCCAAAUACAUCUUGAGGUUGGGAAGCAGGUAGAACAAUACUGACCUUUUAAAGAGUACCUGCACCCAGACUGAAAGUUGUGUUUGCCGUGCUCUGUCCACACCCUGUACAGUACAGCACAAUGCAGUAUUGUGCAGUGCAACAUCAAAGUCAGGUAUUGGAACAGACCACACCUGACUGUGAUGUUGGGUGCAUUCAGAAGUGCAACAGACUUGAAAUUUUCAAACUAAACAGGCCAGGACAUAAUGCAUUGUGUGGAGCUGGUCUUAAAGGGAAUUAGCAGAAUAUAGAUAGACCUUUGUCUUAUUUAUGCAGUUAUACAUUUAACAUUUCCCUCGCCAGGUUAAUUGCUGAGAUCUGGAGUUGCAGCAACAUUGCUACAACAGUCAAUUAGGACAGGAGCAUGAGCUGUCAGAUGAUUACAUGUACAGUAAAUCCUGUUUAGCCAUAUUGUCAAAACCAUUUAUUUUGAGGUAAAACCGAAAGUGGGAGAACCUGAAAUGGCAGCACAACUACCGCUUAGUACUGUAGAUUAGAGUUUAAUCAGGAAAUCAGUCUUUAAAUUCUGAUGGAUGUCAACAACAGACAGAUUGGGUUAUAAUUUAUUUAUAGUUUUAUUUACGUGUCAGAUAGUCUGUCUGUCUGUGUUCCUUGCCCUGUUUGACUCUGUUGUAGUGAUGUCGAUGCAUCCUUUAAUCUGCAUUGAAGCUGGUGAGUGAAAUAUUGACGUAACUGAUGAGACGAAUGGCCAAAGCUACAAAAAUAAGACCUAAGAUGUUUUCGUUUAACAUGCAUUUUCAAGAAUAACAUUACUAAUGGGUAUUACUAAUCUUACAGGGUGAAACAAGACUUUGCUGCUUUUUAAAUGCAUUUUUAUGCUGUCAGUAGAUGCACUUGGACUUUCAGUUGUUUUAUUUUAUGUUGUGUCAUUGUGUGAGCGAUAAUGCACGAAGAGCUUCUUCAUAAAACAAAUUAUAGGUGCAGGCAAAAAACCCCACUCUUCUGCUGAAUGUAUUUCCUUUACUGGGACACUUCAGAGUGUAUUAUCACUUGUCCACUAAAGCCACUUGCCAAAGGAAAAAAAGGGAAGAUGUGGUUAAAUCUUCAUCCAUUUUUUUAGAGUUUGCUUGUAGUCAGUUUAACUUAUGAUCAAGUUAGUUUCACCAGUUAGUUAACUGGUAAUGUAGCAUGAAGCACGAGUAUUGUAGCUUUGAUAACCUGCUGUUUAACAUGACUUGGCAUUGAUGCAGAACAGUGGUUACACUGUUUACAAGGGCUGUGUUAGUGGUAUCCCAACACACCAUUUCAACAACCUGCCAGUUUGAAGAAAUAAAAAGCAUUUUCCAUGUUUCCAUGGCAAUGCUAAACGUGUUUAUUAUUACUUUUUUAAAGUAACUAAAGCAAACUGCCACUUGAAAAUGUAAAAAAGCCAUAAUGUGGUAGCAUGACCCGGGGACUGGACGCCUGAAGAAAUUAGUUUCAGAACUCAGGGAGUGUUAAUGCAUGUGCUUACUUGAAGGUGUUCAUCUGAAAAACAUAAUAUCCUCCUCCACAAAGACUUUAUGAAGUUGAAAAAGUAUGAGCUGCUGUAAUUAAUUUUCUCUCAGGUAUAAUAAUAAUAAUAAUAAUAUAAGUAGAAAACUAACUCUCUGGCUUUUUUAAGUGUAAUUGUUUGUGUUUAUUAUUAACUCAAUCAUUUUGACAAAACUGUUGUAAAAUUGUCUUUUUAUUCUGUUAAAAGCUGCAUAUUUAUGAUAUGGAUUUGUUUUAAAAGAUGUUAUUACUAAACCCUCAAAACAUGUAUCACAUAAUGAAUUUGUUCUGUCUUGUAUUUCUGGUCAGUGAUAUCGUACAUAAAAGUCAACAUUUUAGUCCAUAUUGUA